UAAUAAUAGCAAAGGAGAGCAAAAAGCGGAGAGAGAGACUUGUAUUGAAGGCCACAUUUACCCAUUACCGCACUCUCAUUCAUUCCUUCUCGGCUUCACCGAUACUUGCACAUAUAACUUUCUUCCCCAUCCGUAUAACUGUAACAGUAUUUGUAAUUGUACAAUCGCCAGUAUUCAAAUAAUUCGAAUUUGAUCGCGAGCGAAUUCAUUUCAGAGGGGAAACUUUUAGGCAGAUCACGGUGUUUUGAUUCGGAUUUGGAUAACCACGAUGUCGUGCUCAUCGUCGUCUUCGGGGUCGGAGGAGGAGGAUGAGUCAAUGGACUCGUACAGGAAGGGAGGGUACCACGCGGUGCGCGUCGGCGAUUCCUUCGCCGGCGGCCGGUACAUCGCGCAGCGGAAGCUCGGCUGGGGAGAGUUCUCCACUGUCUGGCUCGCCUAUGAUACUCAAGCAUCAACAUAUGUAGCUUUGAAGAUUCAGAAGAGUGCACCACAAUUUGCUCAAGCUGCUCUCCAUGAAAUUGAAAUCCUCUCUGCUAUUGCUGAUGGUGAUCCCUCCAAUAAUAAUUGUGUUAUACGGUUAAUUGACCAUUUUAAGCACACAGGCCCAAAUGGACAGCAUCUCUGCAUGGUUCUUGAAUUUCUUGGUGAUAGUUUGUUGCGACUGAUCAGAUAUAACCAUCAUAAAGGCCUUGAGUUAAACAAAGUUAGAGAAAUAUGCAAGUGCAUUUUGACUGGCCUAGAUUAUUUGCAUAGAGUACUUGGAAUUAUACAUACAGACCUAAAACUUGAAAAUAUCCUGCUCUGUUCCACCAUUAAUCCUGCCAAAGAUCCAAUAAAAUCUGGAAAUACCCCCAUUCUUCAGAGACCUGAGGGGUUCCCGAAUGGGGCAGCAACCUCGAAUCUUAUUGAGAAAAAGCUAAAACAGAGGGCAAGGAGAGCUGCAGCUCGGUUAGCUGGAAGGCGAACUGCAAUGGUUGAGGGAACAAAUUCCAAGUCCUCUAGAUCUCUUGAUGGGAUUGACAUGAAGUGUAAGGUUGUGGAUUUUGGAAAUGCAUGCUGGGCUGAUAAGCAGUUUGCAGAAGAAAUUCAAACAAGACAAUACAGAGCCCCUGAAGUUAUACUCCAGUCUGGAUAUUCUUUCUCAGUUGAUAUGUGGUCAUUCGCAUGCACUGCAUUUGAGCUCGCUACUGGUGAAAUGAUGUUUGCUCCCAAAAGUGGACAGGGUUUCAGUGAGGAUGAGGAUCACCUUGCUCUUAUGAUGGAGCUACUUGGUAAAAUGCCUAAGAAGAUGGCAACUAGCGGGGCUCGAUCUAAAGAUUACUUUGAUAGACAUGGUGAUUUAAAGAGGAUCCGAAGAUUGAAGUACUUGUCUUUAGAUAAACUAUUAGUGGAUAAGUAUAGAUUCUCCAAAGAGGAUGCCCAGGAGUUUGCAGUGUUUCUUUCUCCCCUUCUUGAUUUUGAGCCAGAGAAGCGACCAACUGCACAGCAAUGCCUCCAGCACCCAUGGCUCAAUGCUAAAAGUUCAAAUCAGAAUGAGGUGAGGAGUGAAUCUGGUACUCAAAAAGUUAACGUUGGGAUGAGUAGCCUUCAAGUUAAGGUGGGUAAGUGAUAGUAGGGAUUGAUGGUUGUCACUGCCAGUGCCCAAGUAUUAUGCCCCUCUCUCCACCUGUAUGAUAUUACUUGUGAUUUUUAUGUUCUACCGUUUUAUACGUUUCAAUAAGAUUUGAUUCAUUCGUUAGUAGAAUGCCCUUAGUACCGAAUGAUCAUCCCUAGGAAAUGACAUCAGUGAGAUCAAAUUGACCCCAGUUCCAAGGUAUCACAGUUGAAGCUGAACUUGUAGAUACUUCAGCUCUAUAGGUGACUGUUUUAGUGAUGCUUGCAUUCACGAGACAAAUUCCUUCCAUAUUUCAUUCCAGGAGAGAUGAUGACUUUUGGGUUCCUUUCAUGAACAUGGAUGGCUCUGCAUUGACUUGAUGUUGGUGAUUGAACCCUCUUUCUGGGACACAACUCCUGCAUGUCAUUGAACCUGCUUGAGAUUCUAGAUGAGAGCCACUGGUGGUGAAAAAGAAAUUUUACCUGAAGAUUUCUCUUCAUUACAUGAGCUAUUGGAGUCGGGAUUCUUCUUGCCAAACUUGGUACCACAAUGGCUUCCCAUAUAUUUUUGUCUUUUCAAAUGGUGCUUGUGAUUUUAGGGAACUGGUAGCCAGUCUAAUCCGGUGGAGCUUGAUCUGAGUGUCACAUAACAGAAGCUAUAUGUGGAGUAUGACUUUUGUACACAAGAAUUUUUUUAUUAUUUUUUUCUUUUAUUUUUUCAGGUUAUAAGUUGUCACUGACUUAUAACUGUAUUACUUUUGAUUGUGCAUUAUUUGUGCUGAUAUUAAACUCGCAUUCUUCAUUUGCAACUUUCUGGAUGUAUGUGUGCCUUUUUCUU